GCCUAAUACACAAGUACAAAGCCUAUCUUAAUACUACCAGCUUUCCAUCUCAAACCCAGUACUGCACAGUUAGCCACCCCUUGCCUUUGACAAAAGAGGACAACUCAAAAAAAAAAGUUGUAAAGGCUCACCUAUUUAAUUAGCUCCCUUUCUUCUGUUGCUCUCUACACUGUCACUCUCACUGCACUUCCUAGCUUAGCUGUUCAUCUCUCACCUGACUGAAAGCCUCCAUUGCCAGUUUCUUCACCUGCUUUGCUUAACACCAAAGCUUAAUUCAGUAAUUCAUCAGCUACACUAGCUGCUGUUAAUUAAGCAGCAGAAGAAGUAGCAGCUUAGCUGCUGUAAUUCAUCGCAUCCAUGGGGAUCCAAGAAGUGAAGAAGAGGCUGCAUCUCCAUGUCGAAGCCCAACCGGAGAGCUGCAAGAAGAAGGAGCAGGCCGCCGUGUGGGUGCUCGCCGGCGGCGGCGGCGGCGGCGGCGGCGGCGGCGAGAUCACGGUGUCGCUGAAGCCGGUCAAGGUCAGCCGGCCACAGCUCGGCGACGAGGAGGAGGAGGAGGAGGAGGUGACGACGCCGAGAGGGGAGGAGUGCAGAUUACCGGCGGAGGCGGCGACGUGCCCGCCGGCGCCCAAGAAGCCGAGGACGGCGGCGGUGGCGAUCGUCGCCGGCGGCGGCCGGCGGUGCAACUGCUGCGACGACGACGGCGGCGACUCGCUGGAGUUCUUCCGCGUGCCGGCGGAUUUGGAGGCCGUCUUUGCCAACCGAGUUGCAAAGGCAAAUUAGUAGUAAUUAAUUUCAUAGAGAGAUAAAUUCGUCUUGAAUUUUAAGUGUAAUUUGAUCCAAGUCUAGCUCUGAAGAUCAGUGCAAUUAAUGGUGUGUGCAUGCAUGGGUGAGUGAGUGAGAGAUCAGUGCAGCUGUAAAAAAAAGUUUCUCUUUGUAGCACAUGAUAGUGUGAGUGAUUUCCAUAUGAUUCCAUCCCUUUUGAUUGAUCAUUUCUUCAAGAAUUAAUCAAGAGGCAUUUGUAAUUUGCUCUCUCGA